AUGGCUGCUGAAUACAUAAAUUUAUUACUCUUGACUACCUUUGCAACUCUUUGCAGUGCUCGUGGUGAUCUAUAUAUAGCUUUUUGCAAUUCUGAUCACUAUUCUAGCACUAAAUUAAAUAUUCAAAACCAUUAUAAUUUAGUGUACCCAAAGAGGAUGAGCACACUCUGCAACCACCGCAUUAACAACACGAACACUGAACAAAUAACAUCAAAUCAAAUAUCAAAACUAGCCCAACCCAAACAAAUUAAUUUAAAACUUGAUGCUUUCAGAAAAGUGACGUACCUCAACAAAUUAUCGCGAAUGAAUUUUCCAAGCGACACGAAAUUUUAA